GGAACUCUUGUUUGGACUGCAACCAUAAUAGUGUCCCCUGACCUCUGGUACUCCCUUCGGGAGUGUCACUGAUUGACCUGCCACACGUAGUGACCUGCUACCGUCCGAUAUUCUAUCCUUUUCCAACAACCUAAGACUAUGGCAUUUCAAGAACCUUCUGCAACUCCCUUAUCUUUCCAUCGCCUGUAUAAAGCAACACCGCUGGGGUCAAAAGUCGUAUAUGAUUUGCCAAUUAUUUUCUCUGCAAUCACCAGCCGAUCGCUAUAGUUGAGUCCCCACACAAAAUCGACCGAGUCAAGUCAAGACUUCUCACAACUAUGCAUUUAUCUGAAGCAUGGUUCUUUUUGAUGGUUCCUUAUCUCGUUGCUGCACUUCCUGCCCAAGACAUUGGCGACAUUGUCGAGCACGAUGGUGAUUGCGUGGAUUGUGCUCCGCCGCCGACUACCAUCUUUCUUUGUGCCGACAGUAACUGCGGCAGUUUCAUAGACGAUAGUUGCACGUCAGAUGCGGAUUGUCCAAACGAAACUUUUCCACGAUGCUGCCGAUUUAUAUUUAUAUUUUGAUUAGCUCUUACAUGUUGGUAGCCUGUUGUACUGUGCAAGUACAGUACAUCACGUUUGUCUACUUGGCGGAAUACCGUCUUGCUCCUUCGAAGUUGGUGAAUUUGUUAUCAUGAUUGAAUGGGUAGCCGGCUUGAACUUGUAUGGUGGUUUCAUUGGUUCAAUUGAAAUGUUGUAUACACUGUCCCUACAAUAACAAUAAGACGCAAACGUAGGCGAUAAACAAGCCGCACUGCCUUCUCUCUAAGAUACUGUUCGAAAUUCGAAGAAUAAAAUUUGCAUCUGGAU